GAGAAAACGGUACGACGUGCGCAUGGACGAUUUCACGUCGUCGGGCCGAGUCUAUGUCAGCAUUGCUGUUGUUUUGCUGCCAUUACAAAUUGCUACAAUCGUAAAAUAAUAAAACAGUAAACAUCUGUUGGUAAUCAGUUGUGAAUUGUUGUUGAUUUUUAGUAAGUUGGCGAGCACUUCGUGGCGAUAUAUUACAGCAAAUUGAGUUCAUAUUGCCAAAAUGGGAGUUGAAAUGACCAAUUGCUGCGGUUUUAGCCUGAAGCACGGAACAAUAAUAAUAGGAGUCGUGCAAAGUAUAAUUGCCUUUAUGUUCUUAGUUCUGGCCGCUGCCUAUGCGGAAAAUCCCCAUGAGCUUGUUAAUAUGUCGGAUCCAUCCAUUGUACCGAAUAUGACCGUGUUGAAAACCGUACUCAUUAUAAUUGCUGUCGGAAGUGCGCUCCAAUGUGUAUUCUCCAUUUUAUUGAUAUUCGCAGCUGAAACGAAUCGCCCGAAGUUGUUGAUGCCUUGGUUGGUUUUGAAUCCCACUGCUUUGGCUUUUUACAUCGUGACUACAUUGAUAGCUAUCGUCUAUCACGCUGGAUUGAACAAUACCAUUUUUAUCGUUGGACAUUUGCUAUUUGGACUACUGAUCAUACUGAUCGUGUGCUUCAAAAUUCUGUGCGUGUGGAAUUAUUACAAACACCUGAAGAGCCUCAAUUUCUAACGCAUUAAAAUUACUAAAUUUGCACAACUUAGUGAUACAAACGCUUUUUUUGUUUACUUAAGCAUAGAUUUUACGCAGUAUUAUUUUUUAUUGUAAGCUAGACAAUUCUUUUACUUUAAUGUAGCUAGUAGGUGUUUUUUUUAUUUUACCAGACAAUAAAAUUACU